ACAGAGUAAGUAAUGUGUAUGAAAAAAAAACACGAAUAGCUCUGCAAUGGCAAAAUGUUUUUAUUUUAUUUUAAAUUAAUGCAUAUUCUUAAAAUAAUGCAAUUUUGACUUGAUUGAAGUGUUGAUAAGUUGCCCGUGUUCACGAGUCUUAAAUACAUACCUCACCAUCACCAUAAUGUCGGACGACAUAGACAUGGCUAUGUCCAACAGCGAAGCGGAAUGCUCGCAGCCUUCUCAUGGACACGAAGCGUCAUCAAACAUGGCUGCAGACGACCCGGCGUCGGCGGGCGCCUCCCAGGCCGGCGCCGAGGGGCAGUCUCGGCAGUCCAACCUACAGCGGAUACAGCAAAGAAAACAGCAAGUGUACAACUGGCCACACAAUAAAAAACUACUCAAAUUAGCCAUAUAUUCUGCGUGUCAGACUCCAGACUGUAACUGCAACGGAUGGAAGACGCCGCUGGCUCAGCAAGCCGCAAACAAUAAGGCCCGCGACAACCAACCCUUGGCCACAUUCAAUGAUCCUUGCAGGAACUGCAAUCAUAUACUAGUGAAGCACGUGAGUCAGCUGCAGGGCUGCCCGGCGGCGGAGGUGGACCGGCUGCUCGGAGCCGUGGUGGACGUGGAGAACAUCUUCAUGUCCAUGCACCGCGAGGACGACCAGGACACGAAGCGGGUCUACUAUUACCUGUUUAAGCUUCUCCGCAAGUGCAUACUGACGCGAACCCAGCCUCAUAUAGAAGGCCCUCUCGGCCAACCUCCCUUCGAGCGCCCGUCCAUAGCGAAGGCCAUCACCAACUUCGUGCUAUACAAGUUCAACUCGCUGCCUCAGAGGGAAUGGCAGACCAUGUAUGAUCUGGCCAAAAUGUUCCUGCACUGCUUCAAUCAUUGGAACUUCGAGACGCCGAGUGUCAGGAAACUGCAAGUAUCAAAUCCUGAGGAUAUAUCGGCGUACCAAAUUAACUACACCAGAUGGUUGGUAUUCUGUCACGUGCCCGCGUUCUGCGACUCACUGACUCACUUCGAGACGUCGCUGGUGUUCGGGCGGACGCUCCUCAAGGCCGUGUUCAAGUCCGUGUGCCGCCAGCUCAUGGACAAGUGCCACUCGGAACGGGACCGUAUGCCGCCGGAGAAACGGGUACUGGUGCUGACGCACUUCCCGCGCUUCCUGGCUCUACUUGAAGAGGAGAUCUUCAGCGCCGACUCGCCCAUCUGGGACCCCGACUACAAGCAAGUGCCGCCCAGCCACCUGCAGGCCAUACUCGACAAUAAGACCACGGGCAAGCGAGGCGAGUUCGAGCGGGUGACGGCCGCCGGCGACUCCAAGGAUGGCUUCACUACGGUCUCGCUCACGUCAGGCGCAAUAAAGCUAGAGUCUUUAAAGCGCGGUGCGGAGGGCGGCGGCGGCGGCGGCGGCAAGCGACGGCGCGUACUGGACGAGGCGGGCGAUGACGUCAGCGAGCGCACCGUGGCCGAGAUCGUGGCCACCAUCUCCGACCCGCACUACAUGGCCGGCCCCGAUGCGCUGUUUCAAAUGCAAGCGCCGCGCGACGAAGCAGCCAAAUUAGAAGAACAACGGAAGCUGAUCGAGUUCCACGUCAUCGGCAACUCGCUGACCGGCCCCGUCGACAAGCAGACCAUGCUGUGGCUCAUAGGUUUACAUAAUGUAUUUUCACAUCAGCUACCAGAGAUGACCAAAGAAUACAUAUCACAGCUUGUAUUUGACCCAAAACACAAAACUCUAGCUUUAAUCAAGGAAGGCAGACCCAUCGGAGGAAUUUGCUUCAGGACAUUCCAUUCACAGGGUUUCAGUGAAAUAGUGUUCUGCGCGGUAACAUCCAACGAACAAGUGAAGGGGUAUGGGACGCAUCUAAUGAACCACCUUAAGGACUACCACAUAAGGAACAAUAUCCUACACUUCCUGACCUUUGCUGAUGAGUUCGCUAUAGGCUACUUCAAGAAGCAGGGCUUCUCCAAAGAGAUCAAGCUGCCCCGCGCCAUGUACCAGGGCUACAUAAAGGACUACGAGGGCGCCACGCUGAUGCACUGCGAGCUCAACCCGCGCCUCGUCUACACGCACUUCACCAACGUCAUUAGGACACAGAAGGAGAUAGUGAAAAAGCUGAUCGACAUGAGGCAGAAAGAAGUCCGUAAGAUCCAUCCGGGCCUGACUUGUUUCAAAGAAGGAGUGCGCAGUAUCCCGGUGGAGUGCAUCCCGGGGCUGCGCGAGACGGGGUGGCGCGGCGGCGGGCGGCGCCGCGACGAGGAGCCCGACGACGGGCAGGCGUUGCGCGCCGCGCUGCACCACGUGAAGAACCACGCGGCGGCGUGGCCGUUCCUGAAGCCCGUGGACAAGGCCGAGGUGCCCGACUACUACGACCACAUCAAGUACCCCAUGGAUCUGCGCACGAUGGGCGAGCGCCUCAAGGCCCGCUACUACGUGUCGCGGCGGCUGUUCAUCGCCGACAUGACCCGCAUCUUCACCAACUGCCGGCUCUACAACUCGCCGGAGACGGAGUAUUACAGAUGCGCGAACAAUCUGGAGAAGUACUUCCAGACGAAGAUGAAGGAGGUGGGUCUGUGGGACAAAUGAUCGCCGUUCAACUUCGACGAGUUUUUCGUCUGUGAGGAGGCGCGCCCCGCCCCCGCCCCCGCGCCCCCGCCGCCCGCUGGCAGGGAAGUGUAGGCCAUGGUACACUAGUUGUCUACUCUUUAUUACCUACAUAUUU